CUUUUCAACUAUACGUAAAUGAGAGACAGAGACUGGCAAUAGGGGUUCUCACCCAAAAAUUGGGCUCAUGGAAACGCCCGGUGGGGUACUUCUCAAAGCAGCUAGACUCUGUAAGUGCCGGAUGGCCCAGUUGUCUUAGGGCUGUGGCAGCAACAGUGCUUCUAAUUCGAGAAGCCAGAAAAUUGACUUUGGGAAAAAGGAUGGAAGUAUUUGUUCCCCAUAUGGUCAUUGCAGUUUUGGAACAAAAAGGGGGGCAUUGGCUCUUGUCGAGUCGCAUGUUACAAUAUCAGGCACUCCUCCGAGAACAGGAUGACAUUGAAUUAAAAAUAACCAAUCAUCUCAACCCAGCAGAAUUUCUUAGGAGCAGCAGCCAGGAAGAAGGAGGCGAAUUGACACAUGAUUGCGUAGAAAUCAUUGAACAGGUGUAUGCCAGCCGGAAAGACCUGAAAGAUGAGCCUUUGGAGAAUCCGGAAUGGGAACUGUUUACAGAUGGAUCCAGCUUUGUGGAAAACGGAACCAGAAACCAUGGUAUACACAUGAAGAUGAGAAGCUUGCUCAAUUUGUUCAGGCCCAGAAGAACGAAAAAGGAUGUCCUUACAGCGCUGCGAGGAGCAUUGCAGUGGAACCGGCCCCUGCCCUUGGAGAAUCCUGUCCAUGACAUACAGCCAGGAGAUCAAGUAUAUGUGAAAAACUGGAAUACGGAACCCUUGAAAGAAGUAUGGGACGGUCCUCACCAGGUGAUCAUGACUACCUACACGGCAGUGAAAGUCCAAGGGAUCGAAAACUGGAUUCACUACACUCGAAUCAAGAAGGUCCCGUCAAGAUGGGAAGUACAGCCUCUGUCAGCAACAAAGCUGGUGUUCAGGGCAAGGCCUUAGUUCUUUUAACAUUAGUCUGUAUAAUGCAGGUGGGAGAAGCAUUUGUUAAAAUUACAGUUCCGGAGCCAGAUGUAAUGGUGCCUGAGGGUGCGGGAGUAAAUUUAACCUGUUUGUUUUCUGACAACCAGAGAGCUGGAUUAAAAGAAGUACAUGCAGCCUGGAGACAAAUCACCACAGACGAGGUAUUUACAGAAGGAAUCGUGACACUUUGGGAUAUGGAACAGCAAAGAGGUAACACCACAUAGACAAUAUCUCAUAUGCAAGCUGAUCAGGUAGGACAAUUCUCAUGCAUUGUGCGGAUUAGAGAAAGUUUUGAUUAUGGGAACAUAAAUGUAGGUAUUCUAAAAGAGAAUGGGAGAACAUGGCAGGUGACAGAAGCUGGAAAAACACAACAAGAAUUGGGGCAAGAAAAUUUAAUAGUGGGAUUAGUUAGAGAUUUUGGACAAAUACAAAAUACUACGUCCAUCACUGCAUGUUUACCUUUACCUAAAGCGGCGGGAGAUCCAAUACCAUGGGGCAUCAUUCCCGUUGGGGAAAUGCCUCCAGUAACUAUAAAUGGGACAAAAAGAUGUAAUAAAGAAAUAUGUAAUCAUACUAAGAUGAUAGAGGAAACCUAUACAGUUCGAGGGAAAUGGUCAACACCGGGACAAAAGAGUGAGUGCCUAAAAUUACUAAAUCCAGUUUUUACAAGAAUUGGACGGUUCAAGAAUGUAGGAUGGUGUACUUAUGACAUAAGACAAAAAAGACAAAAACCAGUCACAGAAUUUUCUUAUGAGAUAGUAUGUCAAGAAGGGAAGGAAGAAUGGGAACAUUGGAAAACGAUUUGGGGUCCUAGUUUGUUAGAACCUUACAGUUACAUAGGACCAGUACAUUGGUGUGUCGAAUGGUCAGGCCAGAGAGAGCAAGAACAUCUAGGAGUGUUAGGAACUGAACCAGUAAGACGGGAUCGAGUGACCCUCACACCUAGCUGGAAUUGUAGCAAAAUCAUCACCUGUGAUACCCCUGAAUCCCAAAUUGGUUUAGUGCCAGUACGGAUACUAUUAAAAUGGGGCUGUGAAUGUCAAAGGUAUAAUCAUACAAUAACAGGUGAAAUAAAAGGGGCAUGGAAAGAUUGUCAGGCGACUACCAUCAGGAGUCCAGGGCAUUCAGUGUGGGUAAUGGGGCACGGACAGUGGACUACUCAUAUGCCUAUUAACGGCCCGGUCACACAGAUUACUUUAGGAGUCCCUACACUUUGUCCUUUUUGGAAACAGUCUAAAUUAACACAGAAAGAGAUGCAGUCACAAACAAAAAGAGAAACAAAUGAAGUAGCAGAAGAACUAGGACUGGGAGAUGAAGAUGAAUGGCAUGAACCCUCAUCAGGAGUUAAAUUUGGAUGAGUAUUGGAAUCCUUGUUUGCACCAAUUUCUACAUAUAGAAACCGGGAGAUGCUGUACAAAUUAUUAGGACAAACUGAGAGGCUAGCCGCAGUUACAAAGAAAGGAUUUAGGGAUCUAAACUUACAGUUGCAGGCAACGACAAGAAUGACAAUCCAAAAUAGAAUGGCAUUAGAUUUGCUUUUAUUAAAAGAACAUGGAGUCUGUGGGUACCUCCAAGGAAAGGUUGACCAUUGCUGCGUACAUAUCCCAAAUGUCACAGAAGAAGUAGAAAAAGACAUAAGUCAAUUAGAACAAAUUGAAACAAAAGUGCAUGAAGUCCAGGAGGAAGCUGAACAUAACUGGGUAGGAGCACUGUUUAGCUCCCUAGGAAUCCAAGUCUCUGGUUGGAUAUCAUCAAUUGUACAAUAUGUAAUAAUGAUUGUAUUGAUUAUUGUAGUAUGCAUGAUUAUGUAUAGAUGUCUUUUAGGAAUGAUUGCCAGAGAAGGAACUCAUACUCGACGUAUUAUGAGAGCACUGACCCGGAAAGAAGUAAUCCUGCCAACUUGAAAAGAAGACUCACCAUCCUACUUAGAAACCAUAACUUGAAGAAUUGAGCAUCCUUGCAGAAAAUCUGAAGAAUGCUCAAAAGGGGGGAGUUGAUACCGAAAUAAUGAGAAAAAGGACUAAUGUAGAUAUAGUAGUAGUCAUGCUAAGGCUUAGAAAACUGCAGUUCUCGGACAGGCCCUGGGAACCAGCCCUGGGAAUGAGCUGGGGACUGUGAAAGCAAUAAUUAAAGAUAAUUAAAGAAUUUAGUAGAGCAUAUAGGACAUUUAGAAACUUUCAAGAUAAGGCUAAAGUAUAAUAAUAAAUAAAGGGUUCUGGUGAUGGGAAAACAUGCAAGGGGGAUUAAGGGGGGGUAGCCUAUAGUUUUGAAUAGACAAGCAUGCAGAAUUUAUAACUUUUAGGAAUGAUAUCUACAAGAUUUAUGUACCUGUAUUGUCUUGAAGAAUGUGUACCUCUGCACGUAGACUACUUUGUAAAAAAGGUAUAAAAACCUGACGAAAAAGGGAACUGUGGGAUCCUGACUUUGGACGCUAGUCCGCAGGUUCCCCGGGCCCUGAAUAAAG